AUGGAGCGGCGCCGGGUGGCGACACAGGCCCGGCGGGGCGGCGGCAGGCCCCGGCACAGCAGCAGAGGUCGAUCCAGGGCCGGCGGCGCCAGGAGCUCCCCACCAGCGAGGGCCAGGGCCGCGGCCGCGCUCCCUUCCGGCCGUUCCCGGUCGGGCCGGGCCCGCGCAUCCCGGCAGGGCCGGCCCGAGCCGCCCUCGGGCGCGGGGCUGCCGGGGGAGCUGGGCCGGCGGUGCUGGCUGGCGCUGAGCUGCGAGCGGCUGCCGCAGGAGCCGGAGCCGCCAGAGACCCACUCCCGUGAUGCGCUCUUGGCAAAUUCGGCGGAGUCGCCGGUGAGGAGUGAGGCACGUGGAUAUCCUCCAUCACCUUUUCUGGAUGGACAACGAUACUAUGAACAGGGGUCAUACACACAAGCAUUAAAGCGAUUUGAAAAAAUCAAGGAUACAGAUUUUCAAGCAAUGUAUCAGCUUGGUGUAAUGUAUUAUGAUGGACUUGGCACUAAAAAAGACCCUGAAAGGGGAGUGGAAUACAUGAAUAAAGUACUCAACUCUGAUUCCCCAGAAGCAAGUCACUUGAAGUUUGCAGCUGCAUACAAUCUUGGCAGGGCGUAUUAUGAAGGAUGUGGUGUUAAACAUUCAGUUGAAGAGGCUGAAAGGUUGUGGCUCACUGCUGCAGACAAUGGAAAUCCAAAAGCAAGUGUAAAGGCCCAGAGUACUUUAGGAAUGCUUUAUUCUAUGCCAGUUCUAAAAGAUAUGAAGAAGGCCUUUUUCUGGCAUUCAGAAGCAUGUGGCAAUGGAAAUCUGGAAUCAAAGGGAGCGCUUGGCAUUAUGUAUCUCUAUGGACAAGGUACACAUCAAAACACUAAAGCUGCUUUGGAGUAUUUGAGAAAAGCAUCAGAACUUGGAAAUACCUAUGCUCAAGGCCAUCUUGUGGAAUAUUACUACACUACAAAAUUUUACUCAAAAGCUGUUGAACUAGCCGAAAGGGCUACAGCAAAUGAUGACAUCAACAUGCUAGCCAAGAAAAUUGAUUGUCAUCCAACAUAUUUAGCUAAGGGGGCUGCUAUGGCUGCUUUCUACUUGGCUAGAUGCCUCCAGCUUGGCCGAGGCACAGAGAAAGACCGGAAGGCUGCUGAGAAGUACUAUUCUAAAGCAUGCUAUCUGGAUCCUGUUGUUGCUUCUCACCUUGAAUCAGCAGCUAAUCUUGGGAUAAUUUAGUGUUUGUUUUAACUGUGACUGGUGUAUAAAUAUAUUUCCUACAAUAAACCAUCAUUAAUCUCCAGCAAUGAUAGACUGUUCAUCACUUACUGCUUGCUUUUCAACUUUCUAUAAAUUGUUAUUUAAAGCAGUUCACUGACUCAUUUUAUCCACAAGAGAAAUUAAAAAGCUGAUGCUCUCUUUAACUGAGAUAAGCUGAGACAGAUUUUCUAAAAAUCAUAUUGAAGACUUAAAGGUUUAUUAAGGACAUUUCACUGGACAGAUGUAUUUUCUUCAUGUCAUGUUGCUACAUAGUACAUGAAUCAAAACAAAACCAAAGAAAGAUGCUUGUUUCCUUUCUGCAUAUAUAGUAUUUAAAUGUUAAUAUUCUGAAAAGCUUGAACCCAAACUUGUUUCAUUUUCACACUCAGCCCACUUACAGGCCAUGGCCAUUUUUAAAGCUUAACUUGUUAGUACGUAUACUUUCUUCCACAUAAUUUCUAAAGUAUCUAGAUUUACUUUAAAGUCUUAUAUAAAUUUCUUUUGGAUUGCAGAGACUCAAAGUUGGAAACUGUCCAGUAGAACCCCAAGCUUUACAAUUCAAACCAUACCAGCUUCUAAAACUAAUAAAUACUACUUACAGAACUGUGGGAAAAAAGCCCCAAACAUCAUUAUGGAAAUACUGAAUAUACAUCCCCAAGACAAGGCCUGUUUUCCUCAAUUCUUCAUAUUGCAUUCACACUGCCUGUGUACUAGAAAUAGCUGGAAAUCUUUUGGCUAGGAGUAUUUAUGUCUGAGCAAUGUCAAGCUGGAUCUUCUAUGAAAAGACACUUUGAUUAACCACUAGGAAAACUUACUGAUUGCUGUGGUAAUCUUGCACAUUUCUAAAUGCCUGUUUACUUAUGAAGCUUUGUAAGUGUAGAAUUUGCCUUGCUUCUUAGUACUGUGCCACAACUUGAGAACUCUUCUGAAACUGUUAGAACAGAAAGCUAG